AUGAAGCAGACGAACGCCUGGAGAAAAGCCGGGGCUCCUCUUCCCACGUCCAACGAGGCCGAUGUCUGCGAUGCAGAGACACGGCUGGACGUUGACCUGAUGCUCCUCGACUACAUCGUCUGCGCGGCCAUAACGUCCAUACUGCAUGAGCGCAUCGCCGAGAGAGAGGGGACGGAACUACAGGGAAUCCAGGGCUGUGACAGAUGGCUAGAGGUAUCAGAAGCUACGCUCCAUCUCUUCAAGACCAAUAACCCUGGAGAAACCCUCUCAUCAGAUAUCAAACUUAAGAUCCAGACUCUUAAUUUCACAAACCUCUUCUUUAGACGGUUUAGACGGACUGCCUACCUGCCUUCUCGCUCAACCUUGGCUGCACAGCGCAAGAGGAGCGCAGACAGGGCCAAGGAAUGGCUGGAAGAAGAGGGAUUCCCCGAGACAGGACUGUCCCAGGACACUCUCGAUAAGGCGUUUGAGGAUUCCGAACCAAUCUCGUCUAGCUGGGUAGACGAAAACCGACAAGCAUUCCUUGCCCACAUGGGCGUAGAAGAGUCGGAGGAAUAUGAAUUCGACCAAGACACAUCUAUAACCCUACUUGAUAUCCUACCUGAACUUAUGGAGCUUUGCGACUCGGUCCCGGGAGCGGUUAGCGAGGAUUUCUGCACAGUUGCUGCCUUUUUUAUGUUACACGCUGCAAUAGAACAGGGCCUUCUCUACGGGCGGACAGGGAGGGAGAUUAUUGAUGAAGCAUUUGCGUGGGGCGGAGGAAACGAUGACCAGAGCUGGAUUGAUGCGAGAGACAGACACAGACAGUCGCUCUACCCCAGGGACGAUACGGACUAUGGCGAGCAGCUGAAGAGGAUGAUAUUCAACCACCCUCCGUUCGAAUUCGAGGGCCAGAUACUGAAGUUAAUAAGAGACCUGCAACAGAUGUGGGAAGCGCCCGUUCUCAAUCAGCUGGAACAAGGGAAAUUAUUUUCAUUAGAUAAAGAUGAGGUGGCGGCGUUUAAACGGCGCGUGAUAUUUACUGAUUUAGGAAAUUGA